AUUGGAUAUUACUACAGACACAUUUAACCUAGACCGGCACGUCAAGGUCGUUCUAUUAAACAUCAAAUGAUGAUAACGACUAGGGGUUUACUGAAGUAUGCACACCUGAAGAAAUUGUGUUCAAGAGGAGUUCAAUGUUAUUCUGGAGAAGCAGGUUCUUGUUCAUCAACAGGUGCUUUUCAUCCUAGACCAGUGGUGACACCUCUUGGUUUAAUCAAAGUAGUUGGUGUUGUAUUACCUUCAAUUUAUCUUGGUUCAUUCAUAAGUAGAAGUGGAGCGGAAUUUUUAGAAGAGAAUGAUAUUUUCGUUCCAGAAGAUGACUAGAAUUAGACAAAACAUACUAUCAUAUUAUUUCUUUUCUUUAUUAAUUUAUUUUUGUUUGUUUGUGCACACAAUUAGUUUCGUUAAGAGUUAUUUUAUUGUGAAAAUUUUUCAAAGAAUGUUUUCAGUGACUAAUUUUUGAAACAUGGUGAUGAGAGAAGCGUAUGUUGUUUUAACUUCUACAAAACUCUUGUAUGACCCAAAUGCUUUUACUAAUAAUAUGUGGUACAAGUUAAUGCACAGCAUGAUCUUUAUCUUGUGUAAUUAUGUGAUAAUAUCCGUAUAUUAGAAAGUAAAUAUCAAAUAAAACUACUAUUAUAUAUAAUAUCAGUCAAC